CCAGGGGCUCAGGGUCCCACACACACAGGCGGCGGCAGUAGCAGCAGCAGCAGCAGCAGCAGCAGCAGCAGGAGCCUUGGGGAAGAGCCAGAGCCAUGGAAGACCAGCGCGACCUUAUCUCCAACCAUGAGCAAACGCCCAUGCUGACCCAGCGCCCUGCGGCCCCAGAGAGGAAUUGCAACCGCGGAGCCCUGUACACGGGCUUUUCUGUCCUGGUGGCACUGCUCCUGGCAGGCCAGGCCACCACCGCCUACUUCCUGUACCAGCAGCAGGGCCGGCUGGACAAGCUGACGGUCACCUCUCAGAACCUGCAGCUGGAGAGCCUGCGCAUGAAGCUUCCCAAGCCUCCCAAGCCUGUGAGCAAGAUGCGCAUGGCCACCCCCUUGAUGAUGCAGGCGCUGCCCAUGGAAGGCCUGCCCCAGGGGCCCAAGCAGAACGCCACCAAAUACGGCAACAUGACCGAGGACCACGUGAUGCACCUGCUCCUGAACGCUGACCCCCUGAAGGUGUACCCGCAGCUGAAGGGGAGCUUCCCAGAGAACCUGAAACACCUGAAGAGCACCAUGGAGAGCCUGGACUGGAAGAUCUUUGAGAGCUGGAUGCACCAGUGGCUCUUGUUUGAGAUGAGCAAGAACUCCAUGGAGGAAAAGCCCACUGAGGCCCCGCCAAAAGUACCGACCAAGUGCCAGGAAGAGGUCAGCCACAUCCCCGCCGUCCACCCAGGCACAUUCCGUCCCAAGUGCGACGAGGACGGCAACUAUAUGCCGCUCCAGUGCUAUGGGAGCAUCGGCUACUGCUGGUGCGUCUUCCCCAACGGCACGGAGGUCCCCAACACCAGGAGCCGUGGGCACCGUAACUGCAGUGAGCCACAGGACAUGGAGGACCUGUCUUCUGGGCUGGGCUUGACCAAGCAGGAGCCGAACCUAGUCGUGACAUGAGAACAGCGGAGGCGGUCUCCAGCACCCAGCCAGCUCUGCACGGCCACAGCUUUCUUGUUCCCCUCUGUCCCCCAACUCUGGCCCCUCCCCCACCCUCCCACCCUGCACCUCAUUCCAUGAGACUCUGGCGCCUGGCUCUCCGUGGUCCUUGGACAUGACAAAUCAAGUCAGAACAGCACAGAGGCAGCAGGGCUCUGCUGCCCAACCCUCACCUAUCAACAGAGACGCCCGAGGUGACCGGAAGCUAGGUGGACCCCCAUUUCUGACAUCACAGCAGCCUCCAACAUGGGGCUCUGAGGUCCCAUGGACGAGGUGGAAAGGCACAGGGAAAAGGGACAACCCUACCCCCAACCCCAGGCUGGACACAUUUGCCGUCCUGCCCACCCCUCCCCAUCAUCACUCCCUAAGAAGAGCUCAGCCUCUCCACCCACAACCCUCCUCUCUGCCAACCCUCGUGCCCUCUGCUCAGCCGCGCUUGUCACCACCCUCAGGGCCAUGGCUCACCUAAGAAUAAAAGGUAGUGAGUAGAACAC